UAUACAUGCGUCUGUGAAGUUAGGCCGUUGUUAUAUUCAUCGCUGUUGUUGAUGCUCGAAAAAAAAAGUCAUCGCUACCAAUUUGCCGUUGUUAAAAUCCACGAUUAAACUGACAUCCUUUCGCAUAAAACAUAAUUGAAAGGAUGGAAGUGAUUGAUUCUAUAGUCACGGACAGUAUUGAGGUGGAGGAGUCAUCUUCCACGGUUUCGGCGCUGGAUUCUGAAAGAGCGAAAGCAGAGUUUGUAUGGACUUUGCAAGCCACGUGGCAUCUGGUUCGCGUUCGGCUGGACAUGGACCAAGAGUUUGACCAGCCGGUAUGCAAAAAGAAGCAGCUGUGGGAGGCCGUGGCCCGGAGAGUGACGGCCAAGCUCCGCGCAGAGGGCUACCACGAGGUCUCGGUCAAAGCCUUUGAGUGCGACCUUAAGUGGAGGAACAUGCUGGCCACCUACAGGAAGAACGCGGAGCGCGCCACGCGACUGGGUGUGCAGAGCGUGCACUGGGAGUUCUUCAAAGCCAUGCACGAGGUGCUCGGCCGCAGCUGCGAGGAGCUCGAGGCUCGGCGCAAGGCCAAGGUGAGCAGCACCAAAGUGGGCAAGGCCGUGGCAAGCAAGCGUUACACGCCGAUAUUGCCCACGCCGACGGCCAGACCCCCACAGGACGUGCUGCAGCUGUACCUGGAGCUUCAGGAGAGGAAGCUGAACAUGUGGGCGCAGCAGAAGGCGCUGGAGGAGAGGAAGAUCGAGGCCAUCAAUAACCUGGCCAGUGCCAUCAGCAGUCUGGCUCAGGGCAGCACUGGGCAGGCUGCAGACCACCCUUAGAGCCCUAGCCCAACCCAUCAGACUAGACGUUGUUUGCCUGUUUGUUUUCUAGAGCAGGUGUUUCCAUCUCUGGGUCUUGCGAGGUCCAGUAUGUGCGUGUGAGUUGUGGGAGGAAACACUAACUUCUGCAUUGAUGAGACUUGAGGCUGAAACUGGAUAACUCUGCCUUAGACAAAACGCUCGUGUCUUGUAUUCGGAUAGGUCACGGAAAUAAGUAGCGGAAUUUUCUGUGCCUUCACUCCAUUUUGCUGCAAUAUACCGCUAUGUAUGAUAAUUAUUUAAUGUUAACAUUUGUUAAUAUAACAACUGGUCAUGUUGGAAUCCAGUUUGUUACUAGUUAAACUGGAUAUCAGCUGGUGUUUAUUUUGUUUGGUUUGAGUGAUUUAACUAGUUAUAAGAAGCUGUAAAUGGCUAGUUUUUAUAUUAAAAAAUAUAUAUAC